GUUGUGCAAAGAACCAUGCAGUUUUUGGUGCUGUGUACCGUCUGUGUCGUCAUUCUGGUUUCAGAUACCACUGCGAGGUACUCGGGGUCAUCGUGGUUGGUACAACACAAUGCCACUGUUCGAGAAGAGUUGUCGAGAUACGCUCAGAUGUUAGACGCAGAGCAUCAGACUGUUCAGGCAGAGUUUCCGUGUAAAGUGAUGUCGCCGUCGCCGUCUGUACCAACGUCAGUUCACAAACUACGUCCUGGUGACAUACAAGUUAUAGCAGGAGUGGGCGAUUCACUCACAGCGGGGAAAGGUAUCAAGGCUUCUACCAUAUUUGGACUUCUUACAGACAAUCGAGGUUUAGCCUGGAGCAUUGGGGGCGAUGGCACGUUUGAAGAUCAUUUAACGUUACCUAAUAUUCUCAAGAAGUAUAAUCCCGGUUUAAAAGGCUUUUCAGUCAAGAGCGGUAACCGUGAUAGUGAAAACGCCCAUCUCAAUGUCGCCGACUCGGGAGCUACAUCAGAUCAGCUGGCUGGUCAAAUCAACUUAUUGGUGGAGCGCCUCAAGUCGGAGGAGGGAAUUGACUUCAACAACGACUGGAAAGUGAUCACUGUCCUGAUUGGAGGAAACGAUCUUUGUCAGUCCUGUAAAGAUGGGUCGCGAUAUACAGCAGACGACUACAUGAGUCACCUACAGUCAGGUCUGGACAUCCUGCACCAGCAGGUCCCUCGAGUGUUCGUCAACCUCGUCGAGCCCAUGAACAUGGAGGUCGUCAAGAGUCUCAAUGAGGGGCUCGUCUGCUCCAUACUGCAUCGAGUAGGAUGCUCCUGCGCAGCGUUUCCGGAAAAUGCCGAAGCUGAGAAAGCGCUGAUUGCCCUGACGAAGGAGUACCAGGCGCGGAUCUACGAGCUCGUGGAGACUGGUCGGUACGACACGAGGGACGACUUCACAGUCGUGGUACAGCCCUUCUUUCACGACACAUUUCUACCCAUGAAAGAUGGAAAGCCUGACAUGAGUUAUUUCGCACCGGAUUGUUUCCACAUUAGGGAGAAAGGUCACCACGCUCUAGCCGAGGCUUUGUGGAAUAAUAUGCUGGAGGCGCCGGGCCGUAAGCUAACGAAAUGGGUAUCCACGGAGCCGUUCGAAUGUCCUACCGAGCAAAAUCCGUAUUUUGCUACGUAUAACAAUUCACGACGUUUAUCAAGUUCGGGGAACAGUGAAAACCAAAUAACGCAUGGUGGCCGGUCUGCUGUUGGCGUCGAGAAACAAGAGGUGUGUGAUGAUGGCAACCAAACCAGUGUAACCAGACACGUGGCCGUCGUCGUCUCGGCGUUUCUCUUACUUACAUUAGUGGGCGUGGCCUUGAUGGGGCUGUGGGCCCGAUACAAACACAGGCAUGUUAGGAACUCAAAGGAUAUGCAUGCAAAAGAUGUUCUGCUGUGGGAAAAUUCGCCAAAGUAUGUGCUUGAUGAUGAUGAUGAUGAUGAUGAUGAUGAUAUGGAGAUUUUAUUCACCAUGAGGUGCUCUUUCGUUGUUUUGCUGACAUGUUUGGUGGCUGUGAGGUCAUGGACGUACGAAGAGUACAGUCGCUUUGUGUACAGAUUGGCGGCCAAUCAGACCAUCCAGAGAGAGUUCUCCAAACACGCGGCUCUCUUCAGGCCCGGCGUCCAGCCCGAUGUCGCAGAGUUUCCGUGUAAACCACUCUCUCCGUCCAACAGUAUUCCUACCUCAGUACAUCGGCUUAGACCAGGUGACAUAAAUGUCGUGGCAGCAAUUGGAGAUUCUAUCACGGCUGGAACUGGAAUCACGGCGUUGACCAUCAUUGGACUGCUCAGACAAGACCGUGGAUUGUCAUGGAGUAUCGGUGCUCAGGUAGAUUAUGAAAAACAACCCACUCUGCCAAGCAUUUUAAAGAAAUACAACCCAAAUCUGAAAGGCUACGCAACAGGAAGUGGUGGAGUGAAGAGCAAGCGUGCACACUUGGAUUUGGCGAAACCCGGAGCAAAGAGCGAGGCUAUGUACCAACAAGCUCGAGACUUGGUUGACCGGAUGAAGAAAGACGAGACUAUUGAUUUCAAGAAGGACUGGAAAGUCAUCACUGUUUUCAUCGGUGGUAACGACCUGUGUGACUUCUGUGAAGACAAGAACAAGUUCAGUCCGCAGCACUACACGGACAACUUGAGAAAGACGCUGGACUUGUUCUAUGCAGAGGUGCCACGUGCGUUCGUCAAUCUGGUCGAGGUUCUGCACGUCGACAUAGCCAACCAGCUCAACAUUGGAAUCAUCUGUCCCAUAAUGCAUUUCUUCUUGUGUAAGUGUGCUGCUUUCCCCAAGAACGGCAAGGCUGAGAACGAGUUACUGGCAGCAAUCAGCACAUACCAACAGUCGUCUGCGGAUCUAGUCAACGGCGGGCGGUACGAUGGCAGGGAUGACUUCACCGUGGUGGUUCAACCAUUCUUCGAGAAAACCACUUUACCAAUGAAGCCUGGUACUGAUAAGCCUGACUUGGAAUAUUUCGCUCCCGACUGUUUCCACUUAGGACGGAAAGGACAAGCUGCCGCUGCCGUGGCUCUCUGGAAUAACAUGGUGGAAAAGGUACAGGCGAAAAGAACAGAUUGGACCCCCGGGGAAGGUCUCGAGUGUCCCACGGAGGAACAUCCUUACCUGUACACCAAGAAGAACAGCAUUCCCAACUUCACAUAGAAAUAUGGAAGGAAAAUUCAAGUGAAAUCGUUGUUAACUGUGAUAAAAUUUAUUAAAUUAUUAAUAUUUACUGGAAGAUACUAAUAGUAGAUUAUAUUUAUCAUUUGUUUAUUUGUAUGUAAAUAUAAUCAAUUUUUGUAAUAAGGAAAUAAAUUAUUGUUCAAAACAAAAA